AGAUAUACCUAGGUAAGUAAUCAUUGAUUUCGCCACAAACCUCAGCAGGCUGGUAACAUCACGAGGUCUCUGGAAAUCAUCUUAAGAAAUACCCUCACGCCUGUGAUUCACAUUGCAGGUCGCACAAGAGAUAAGAAAGAUACGGUGGCCAUUCAAAACUGUUGGGCAGCGCUCAGAAGAUCCAUUAGCAAGCCUAGAUCAUAGGAUCCGCACCCGAGUUCGAUAACACUGUAGUCAACAACACGAGGAGAAUUAAAAUAGGAUGCAUCACUAGCCUCGAAAACUCGUUUGCAGGAUAGAUUUUUGCAAAAGCCCUGCGUGUCAGCAUCGCGGCUCAACGCCCGACCUCAACAGCGCCGUGCCAAUCCCACCCGUUUCUGAGGGCGCUACAGAUCUGCAUGCUGCACCGCUUGCCUCCGACUGCAUCUCAUCCAGAUCCUCGGGCCAUUCAUCAGCACGAUGGAGGACCUCCUAGCGCGCCACCGCAAGGAGGCGCGGGAUUUACAGAGUCGAAUCACUCAGAAAAAGAAACAAGCUAGCAAAAAGACACGCAAAGGCGUCAAUGAUGAGUGUGACCACCUUGAAGCUGAGCUACGAAGUCGGCAGGCGGAAGAAAUCGCUGCCUUGGGCAAGGGCGAUGGCGAGACUAUAGACGGCGAUGACUCAAGUGAUGAAGUUGAUCGGAAGACACAUGAAGAGUCUUCAGAUAAGCCUCUUGCAUCGUCUGUAGAUGGGACCAGUGCGCCUGCCGCAGCCACUGCUACUCCUCCCGCUGAAGAUCCCCCCAAUGGCCCCAAAAGAGGUAACCGGCAAAAAGCUCGACUAGCUCGGCGCGCUGCAGAGCAAGAAGAGCUCGUCCGGCAAGCCAAAGAAGAAGCCCAGAAUCUCCCAGACAUGAAGGAACUCGAGCGCUCGCGGAUGCUCUCGGCCAUGACAGAACGCGGGCUACAGGAGAAAGUGAUCCGCGCCGACGGCCACUGUCUCUACUCUGCGUUCGCCGAUCAGCUGGAGCAGUUGGAGAUGCCUCUACAGGGAGCAGAUAUGGUCGCUUCGGACGCCGGAUCGAAUUCCCCCGCGUAUAAGAUCGUACGAGCUACUGCAGCACGAUAUAUUGAACAGCAUCAGGAUGACUUCCUGCCAUUCCUAGAGGAGCCGCUUCCGGAAUAUUUGCAUAAAAUUCGCGACACGGGCGAAUGGGGCGGGCAAUUGGAAUUGAUGGCGUUGGCGAAGACUUAUGGUGUCGAUAUCAAUGUUCUGCAAGACUUUGGGAGAGUCGAGAAAAUCGAAGGAGGCCUGAGUGGCGCUGGACAGGACGCCAGCAAGACCGAGAAAACCAUGUGGCUAGGUUAUUACAAGCACGGGUUCGGAUUGGGUGAACAUUAUAACAGUCUACGACGGAAGGCAGCUUCUUGAAAGAAAGGACACCCAGCAGAAGUCAGUCCUGUCGGUGUUCUAUAUCCUGACGCAAAUUUUUAAUGAUGGGUUGAUACGACUGCGAGGUGAAAACGGCAUGGUCUGAACCAUAACAAUUGAAUAAAGCUAUGUAGAAUAGAGAGGACAGGCACAAGCCUGGAAGAGCUCGACGAUGAUGAAGGACUUUUGAGGUGCCUGUCAGAUAGGUCUCUGGCCAGGUCUUGUGCUGUUGUAUGUGUAUCUUGUCGUUGAGACGACUGGCCCGGCCGGGCAGCGCUCGAGCGACAGAUACGAUGGCAUUCCAAUUCGUGUUCUCGUAAAAUUCAUAUUCGUGCUU